AUGCGUCGUCUCUAUUCGUUGUCUAAUCGAAAUCCUCGUUUACCACCAAUUCAAACUUAUAAUGAUGAUAGAGAUAAUGUGCGCACUAAAACAAUCGUCCGAAAAACAACUAAUAAUGUUAUUGAUAAUCGGACUACAGAUGUACGUUAUGUUGAAACCAAUAACGUUUAUUUAAAUGAAACAGGUCGAUGUCCUUAUGUUCGUUUUCCUUGGUGGCUUUGGCUUUUAUUAGCUUUAGGUUUACUUAGUUUAUUAGGUUUAGCAUUAGGAUUAGGCCUUGGAUUAGGACUUCGAAGACCAUCAAUAAAUUCUCGUUGUACAAGUAAUAAUUGUCCAGCAAAUUCUCAAUGUAUUAAUAAUCGUUGUGAAUGUGAUUCGGGUUAUUUUUAUGAUUAUUCAAUAUCAGCUUGUACUGCUUAUCUUCAUGUUGGUAUGACUUGCUCAACAAGUAUUACAACUCAACAAUGUAUAACAAAUGCUUAUUGUGCAUCAAAUGGUUAUUGUAUUUGUGACACUGGUUAUUUUCUUGAUCAAAAUAAUGGUGUAUGUACACUACUUUUAGCUCGUUAUGUCCCAUGUGCUAACGAUGAUCAAUGUCAAACACCGUUUGUAUGUAAAGUUAGUUUAUGUGAUUGUAAUCAAACAUCAUAUUAUGAUUCUGGUUCAAAUACAUGUAAACGUUUAGGAUAUGUUAAUGAACCAUGUUCAAUAAAUUCACAAUGUGUACGAACAGCUAAUUGUUCAACAACAACAUGUCAAUGUGCAUCAGAUCAUUAUUUUGAUUCAACUGAAUAUCAAUGUGUUCGUAAACAAUUUAUAGGUCAAACAUGUACACUAGGUUAUCAAUGUAUUACUAAUGCAAAUUGUACAUCAGUGUCACCAUUUUCAAAUCAAUGUGAAUGCAAUUCUGGUUUAUAUUAUGAUACAACAACAGGAACUUGUACAACACAAUUAACAUUUGGUACAAUAUGUACAUCAACUUCUCAAUGUAUUAAUAAUCUUCUUUGUCUUGAUGAUCCAACAGUAGCUGGUGUCACUUUUCAAUGUUUAUGUUUAACUUCACAAUUUUAUUUAUCAACAAAUCAAACUUGUAUCUCAUUAGGAACUUAUGGUGAUGCAUGUAAUACUGGUGGAAGACCAUGUGAAACACGUUAUGGUCUCAGUUGUUCGACAACUACAUCAACAUGUCAAUGUAGUUCAAUAAAUUAUUGGAAUGGUUCAAAUUGUGUUGCUUUACGUUAUCCGGGUCAAACAUGUACAUCAUCAUCUCAAUGUAUUAAUGCUUCUUCAUGUAUAUCUUCGAUAUGUCAAUGUAAUACGAAUUAUUAUUAUUCAAGAUUAACAGGGCAAUGUCAACCUCAAUUAGCUUAUUUAUCAACAUGUACUUUAGGAAAUUAUCAAUGUCUUAAUAAUACAUCAUGCUAUGAUUUAACAACAUCAGCAACAGGUGCAUGUACAUGUGAUUCAACAUAUUAUUAUUAUGAUGGUACAAGUUGUACUCUUUAUGCAACAUAUGGUCAAACAUGUGCUGCUGCAACAUAUGGACCAUUUUGUGAUUCAAUAACACGUUCACUGGUUUGUAUAGGUACACAAUGUACUUGUUUAUCAACAGCUUAUUAUAAUGGUUCAAGUUGUGUUGCAUAUACAUCUGUUGGUUUUUCAUGUACAACAUCAUCUCAAUGUGUAACAAAUGCUUAUUGUUCAUCAGGAAUAUGUACUUGUUUAAGUUCAUAUUAUUUUAAUAUAACAUCAGGCACUUGUAGUGCUCUAUUAACUUUUGGACAAGCAUGUACAUCAUCAAUUCAAUGUCCAACAAAUAUGAUAUGUACGUCAUCUCAAUGUCUAUGUACAUCUACGACUUAUUAUAGUAGUCCGAAUUGUGUAUCUCGUAUAUCAUAUGGUGGUGCAUGUAGUUCAACAAUUCUUUGUGAUAGUACUCUUGGUCUUGUAUGUACUUCAUCUGUAUGUAUAUGUAAUAGUACACAAUAUUGGUCAACAUUAUCCAAUGGUACACAAAUAUGUGCUAAUUUACGUACACUUGGGCAAUCAUGUACAACUUCGACGAACUGUGUAAAUUCAGCAACAUCAGUAAAAUGUGUAUCAAAUAUUUGUGAAUGUGAUUCAAGUGGAUUUUAUCUGGAUCAAUCAACAGUGACAUGCCAACCACUCAAAGCUGUUGGUGUAGCAUGUACUGCGACAUUUAAUUUUCAAUGUGCUAGUUUUAAUUGUAAUGCGUCAAAUGUAUGCGGUGAUACAAUAUCAUCGACUAUAAUGAGUAAUGUUACACAAUCAUCAUCAGGAAUUUCUUUUAGACGAUCUCAUACAAUUAUAUGUUUAUUUAUAAAUAUUAUUCAAUUUUUUUUCUUUGAAUUUUAA